AUGUCCUCUUUCUUCACACUUCCCUCUACUUUCUCCAAAUUCCAAUUUUACCCUUUCUCUUCUUCUUCAUGCUCUCGUCUCGUAUGUCGUGGCGCCUCCAACGUUCAACACGUGGCAAAAUAUGAUCUUGACUUCGUUUUGCAUGAUGCUCUUGAUGCUUCUGGAAUCGAUACUACACAUGCUAGAGAAGCUAGGCAAGGAUUCUGCUCACAAAUCAAGAGACUUACUGAUAUUGAGAAGGAAACAAGCAUUUGCAUUAACAGGCAUGUUGAUUUGGGGAGAACUGCACUCUAUAUAGCUGCAGAAGAUGAUUCUCUGGUAUCACAUUCAUCGGUUCCACUUCCUGUUGAUGCUUUCGUUGGAAGAUUAGAUGAUCUUUCAAUGGAUUACUGUCCUCACUAUAAUCCUCGAUGUGAUUCGUCGCCCGAGAAGUUUUUAGAGAGCAUAGAGAGAUUUUUGUAUGUUCAUAAGGGUUUCAGAAGAACAAGUGCAAAUCUAUUGGAGCCACAAGCACUCUAUCUUCACUCGGUUUUGACUCAUCGAUCGGGAUCACCUGCAAUGCUCUCACUUAUAUACUCAGAGAUUCUGAAAAUGCUUCGUUUGUGGGGCCUUUUGUAUUUUGAUGCUGAAAUUUACUUCCCUCAUGAUGCUUUGAGUGUUCCAAAAGGCUACCAUAAGAUGAAAAGCAAGGAAUCCGACCAAGCACACAUAAUGACUUCAGGGAACUUAUUGGUUGAGAUCUUAAAUAAUCUUAAACACGCAUUCUGGCCUUUUCAUCACGAUCAUACGAAAACCUUAUUCUUAAGGGCAGCACAUGCUGCUAACUGUGUUGACAGAUCCGAUUUUGUUGGAGAAAGUGGCUCUCAAAUUGCAUCAGCUAAGGCUGCUCAACAUAGACUGGACCGAGGUGUUUGGACCACCGUGCGCUUCGGCGACAUGAGGCGUUCGUUGUCUGCAUGUGAACGCCUUAUACUCCUUACAAAUAACGCAAAUGAGCUAAGAGAUUACAGCGUUCUCCUCUAUCAUUGCGGAUUAUACAAGGAGUCGCUGCAAUACCUAACAAAGUAUCAGGAACUGAAGAACUCAUCUAUACAAGUGAUGAAAUUAUCAGACUCUAAAAGAAGUAUGGAAGAAGACGCCGCUGUCGAUAAACUGCUAACGCGGUUGAGUCUCAUCCAGUUAGAACACGGGUGGAGUCAGCCGUCAGUCGCUAGAAAUUUUCUCGGUAACAACUCUGAUCCAUGGUAA